AGUGAUCAUACCGUACUUGGAUCAAAAUUUUGCGACUACGCUCUUAAAUCUGUAUUACAAUAUUAUUGUACCUAUUUAUAUCUAUUAUAAAAUGGAUCAAAUGGAGCAAGAAAAAAUCUUUGAAGAAUGCGCGGAUCUUCUCAAGACUUGUACUUACGUAUUAAAGGAUGAAAACGUCGAAAAUACGUCCACAAAAAAGUUGGAGCUGAAAAAGCUCUAUGAGGAAAAAGUAAAUCUGGCUAAACAACUAGAGGUCGAACGAAGCGAGAAAUAUAACCAUUAUUUGGCUCUUAAAUUGGCUCAUAGUAGACUCAUGGAAAAAAUAUGUGAUACUGUUAAAUGUAUAAAAGGAUCGAACGCUGAAAAUCGUAACGUACAAGUGGAUGGAAAGAAAAUACUUGACCAUGAAAAUGACCAGUUCGACGCCUUUACGCAAAAGAUGGAAGAUACAGAAAAACAAUUGGAGAAUCUUCAAAAUAGAUUUGCUGACAAAUUUAUGGAAGAAGAAAUAACCAAAAUUACGGAACAGUUAAGCACUACCAAGCAAAAUGGACAAACGAUCGCCGAGGUUGCGCCCCGUACAGUGAAAAUGCCAGAAAGAGUGAAAGAAAUAAAGGAUUUGGCGACAGAAAUCAAAAGUACUACCGAAACUGUUCCCGAUAUAGAGAAGAUCAAAGAAAAAGAAAAGAACAUAGAGUUUAUAUUGAAACAAAUCCGUAUUCAAGAAGCAAAAAUUGAGUCUUUGGAGUAGGAGAUAUUUCUCAUAUAAUUGUUAAAUAUAAUUUAAGUUUUCAAGUCAGUUUAAUCAAUUUGCAGGAUUUAAAUUUUGUUUAUUUGAAUUUAACAUGUUUUGAGUUUAGUUUGUAACUUGUUUAAUACACAAUGGUUUAUGAGUU